AUUAGUCCUCUCAGGAUGUACAAUCUUCUCCAAAUGUUUUCCUUCUUACUGGGCAGAAACUUUGUCUUUGCUGGCAAGAAGUCAAUCAGAGGUGAAGAAUUCAGUGAGGAUGGCAUGCUCCUGGAAGAGAAACUAAAGUGGUAAAGAGAGCUUGGGGGAGAAGAGCGACAUUAUACCUCAGGCAGGUAAGAGGAGCCAGGAGAGCAACUAAGAAGCCAUUCCAUAGCUCUAGGGAUCAGUCAGUGAUAGACGCCUUACCACCCUGCUGAAGUUAAAUCCAGAAUUAACAAAGAAAUGCAACUCAUCUUCCCUGCCUUGUUAUCCUUUGGGAUACUAGAGUUGUGCCUAGCUACUGCAGAGCAACAAGUAAGAUGGUGUGUCCAAUCAGAAAAUGAGCAGAAGAAAUGUAAUGAGCUUAAAGAGGUCCUGAAAGGUACCACAAGCCCAAGUUUGACGUGUGUAAAGAAAAUUUCCUACAAGGACUGUUUCAGGGCCAUCUGGAAAAACGAAGCUGAUGCCAUUAGUGUCGAUGGUGGCUUAGUCUAUGAAGCAGUUGCAGCCCCCUUUGGUCUGAAACCUAUCAUAGCUGAAGACUAUGGCUCUGAAAAAGAACAGCAAAUUUACUCCUUUGCUGUGGCUGUUGUGAAGAAAGGAACUGAUUUCCAACUCAAAGAUCUCAAAGGCAAGAAGUCCUGCCACACUGGCCUGGGCAUGUCAGCUGGGUGGAUCAUCCCCGUUGGUAAACUUGUGGAACUUGGCGUGUUGAACUGGAACAAUACCAAUGAUCCUAUUGAGAAAGAGGUAGCCACAUUCUUCUCUGACAGCUGUGUGCCUUGUGCUUUUUGGACGGAUUCUCGUUUGUGCCACCUCUGCACUGGAGCAGGGCCUGACCAGUGUGCCUGCUCAGACAGAGAACCUUACUUUGGCAGCUCAGGAGCUCUCAAGUGCCUGAAGGAUGGUGUUGGGGAUGUGAGUUUUAUGGAGCAUACAACCCUUUUAGAGACACUCCCAACUGCAGCUAAAAGGGACAAAUUUGAGCUGCUCUGUGAGGAUGGUACCAGGCUGCCCAUAGAUGAAUACAGAAAAUGUCACCUAGGCAAGGUAUCUGCUAAUGCUGUUGUGUCCCGGAGAGUGAACAGCAAGGAGGAUCUGAUUUGGAAUCUUCUUUCCGAGGCACAGAAAAGGUUUGGCAAGGGCAAAUCAGAGAUAUUCCAACUCUUUGGUUCCCAUCAUGGAAAGGACCUGCUGUUUAAAGACUCAACUAACAGGUUUCUGAGGCUCCCUGCUAAGAUGGAUCACGAACAGUACUUGGGCUACAAGCAUAUGAAGGCUGUGAAGACUUUGACAAUAUCUAAGACUUCUCCCCUGAUGCCCAGAAGAAUGAGCUGGUGUGCAGUGAGCAAAGAUGAAGAGGUGAAGUGCCGUGAGUGGAGUAUGGUCAGCGGUUUAGCCAUUGAAUGUGUUGUGGCAGAAACCACAGAAGAAUGCAUUGACAAGAUUAUGAAAGGGGAAGCUGAAGCCAUGAGCUUGGAUGGAGGAUUUAUCUAUAUUGCUGGCAAAUGUGGUCUGGAGAUUGUCCUGGCAGAGAAUUACAAGACUAAGGAUUCCAAUCAUGGGCAAGGGCCUCUUUGUCCCAUUAAACCUAUUGAAGGCUAUUAUGCUGUGGCAGUUGUUAAGAAAUCAGAUGCUAAUCUCAAGUGGGGCUCUCUGCAAGGCAAAAAGUCCUGCCAUACAGGGAUUAACAGAGCUGCUGGUUGGAACAUUCCUAUGAGCCUGAUACAUGAUCAAACCAACUCCUGUGAAUUUGAUAAAUACUUCAGUGAAUCCUGUGCUCCUGGUGCUGAUGUUAAUUCUAGCCUCUGUGCCUUAUGUGUUGGGAGUCCAGGGAGAGGGGAUUUGAACAAAUGUGCUGCUAAUAGCAAAGAAAAAUAUUAUGGCUACACAGGGGCUUUCAGGUGUCUGGCUGAGAAUAAAGGAGAUGUUGCCUUUGUGAAACACAGCACUGUCCUGGAAAAUACAGAUGGCCAGAACAAAGAAAGCUGGGCCCAAAACUUAAAGAGUGGGGACUUUGAGCUAUUAUGCCUAGACGGGAAACGGAAGCCUGUGAGAGAGGCUAAAAACUGCCAUCUGGCUCAGGUCCCAAAUCAUGCUGUGGUCUCACGGCCAGACAAGGCAGCCUUUGUUCGCCAUAUACUGUUGAACCAACAGGACCUCUUUGGGACCAAUGGAACAGAAUGGCAGAUGUUCCAGAUGUUCCAAUCCAAAACCAAAGAUGUCCUGUUUACAGACAACACUGAAUGCUUGUCCAAUGUUCCAGACAAAAGAACCUAUGAAAAAUAUCUGGGACCAGAAUAUAUCAAGGUCAUUGAAUCGCUGAGAAAAUGCUCAGAUACUUCAGGUAAGAUCUCUCCAAAGAACUACGAUUCCCAUGAUGCUCCGCAUCCCUACGACUGCGUAAAGCUUCGAGGGCCACGUCUUUCAGCGCGGCGCCACUCUUCAAUGAUGGUCUCGGCGGAAGCUGAGCAGAUGGGGGGCGGAGGUGGUACCUUCCAACCGUACCUGGACUCCCUGCGCCAGGAGCUGCAGCAAAGAGACCCGGCGAUGCUUUCCGUGCUCGUGGCGUUGCUCGUCGUUCUGCUGACUCUAGUAUGCUGGAAACUCAUUCGGAGCAGGAAGAGCAGUCGAAGGGCUGUACUUCUGGUUGGACUGUGUGAUUCAGGGAAGACACUACUUUUUGUCAGGCUGUUAACAGGACUUUACAGAAAUACCCAGACAUCUAUUACUGAUAGCUCUGCUGUGUACCGAGUCAACAAUGACAGGGGUAAUAGUUUGACUUUGAUUGAUCUUCCUGGUCAUGAGAGUUUGAGGCUUCAAUUCUUAGAGCGGUUUAAGGCUUCAGCCAGAGCAAUUGUGUUUGUGGUGGAUAGCGCAACAUUCCAGCGGGAGGUAAAAGAUGUAGCUGAAUUUCUGUAUCAGGUCCUUAUUGACAGCAUGGUAUUGAAGAAUGCACCAUCUUUAUUGAUAGCCUGCAAUAAGCAAGAUCUCACAAUGGCAAAAUCUGCCAAGUUAAUUCAACAGCAGCUAGAAAAAGAACUUAAUACCUUGCGAGUUACCCGUACUGCUGCCCCCAGCACACUGGAGAGCUCAGGUGCUGUUAUCACUCAGCUUGGAAAGAAGGGCAAAGAAUUUGAAUUCUCUCAAUUGCCGAUGAAGGUGGAAUUUUUGGAGUGCAGUGCCAAGGGAGCUAUGGGGGACGAUGGCUCUGCUGACAUCCAGGACUUUGAGAAGUGGCUGGCUCGGGUGGCCUGAAGAGGCAGAGCUGGAACAGAACAGAAGUCUGACCCUGACACAUGUAAAGGGGUGGGUUAGUAGUGAAUUGAAAAGGGGUGAAAAAUAUAUUGAAAUAUUUGUUUAUUGUGGAAAGAAAUUAUUGUGAGGAUAUUAAGGAUAAAUGUACUGUAACCAGCUUGGGGGUUUUUUAAAGGCCGCCUAGCUUCUUUUUCAAAUAAUUCAGCUCUUCUUUAUCAUCCCAUUGCCAAGUACAAUGGUUUUCAUUUCUGCCUUGGAUCUGUAAUAGAGAUUGUAAAGUUUGAUCUUACUCUCAGGAAAGAUAAAGGACUUUGCUAUCUCCAUCAGACUCCAAAUAGAAAGGUUUAUUAUUAAGCAUUUUUAUUUCAAGAAGAGUUUUCAUCCUUUCUGAUUUGAUGUUUUCUUGUAGUUUUACUCUGGAAUCAGAUGUAUCCAUUCAUGAAGCCUAAUUAGUUGCAGAUUGCUCUUGUUUUUUUUUUUUCUCUCUCAUCUCCCUUGGUUUUUCUUAAGCAAUCUCAACUGUGUGCUCACAGUUCACAAUUUUUCAUAGCCUAUGACAGUAUGAUUCUUAGAUUGGCUGAAUUCAUUGUGACAGAACCAGUCAGAGCCACUUUCAUAGAAUACUAGAUUAUGUCUUACUCUGAUCCCUUAAUUUUAUUAAAACUAAGUGGUGAACAAAUAGCAGAUUCCUAGCAAAGUUUUUUGGGGUGCAAACUCAACAGUGUUAAAGAAUAUCUAUGUUUUUGUAAUGAAAUUGUUGGUUUCUUACAUUUGUGGUUUUUAAAUGAUACAUUUUUUUGGUAAAUAAUAUGACCAGCAUGACUUUAGCAGGCAUGUAAGAGGAUGGUGAGACCCAAGGUCAUGUUGGAUCUCUGUUACCUUUGUUAGUUUUCAGUUAACAGACUGCCUCGAAAAAUGGCUCAGUCUGUACACCUUACUGUAGGUUAGCAGUGCCAUCUCUGUAUGUGAAAGAGUAAAACCUGGAACUGACAAGGACUUUUCUUAUGUCUCAUGUCAGGAUUCUGAUUUGAAAGUCUCUACUGCUAAUAUUUAGUCUUAUGGAUUGCCUUUGCUAGCAGUAAAGGCAGCUUAGGGAAACAAAAGUAGGGAAAAAACUGAUAAAAAGAAAUUUAAUGUGGUCAUGUAUGUCAUUAUAGCUUCUUUGUUUAAUGUUUGUGCAAUUUGGCAAAUUAAAAAGUCACUGUGACCUAACAUGGACCCCCAAGUGGAGGAGGUGUUCAAGCAGUUACUUGAAAAACCUGUUAAAUGACAUAUUUUCUCAGUCUGUUUUCUUUCCCACAAAAUUUCCCAUUUAGUUUCAUUCUGUUUCUUGGUUUAUUUAUUUUUUUAAUUAUGUGUUAAGCCAGUAUUUCACCCCUUUAACAGAAGUAAUAGAAUGUCACAACAAAGGCGGUUUAAAGAAGGGCAGAGAAACUGGCUAUUUAUGACAUAAACUAAUUCACAGUGUGGAGAAAGAGGAAAUCUGCAAUGAAUAUAUACUGCCAUUAGGAAUGUGUCAUUUGAGGGAUUUUACAAACAGAGAUUUUGAAAGCAUUUAAUAAACAGUAAUUUAAAAAUAUCUUCAUAUUUUUCCAGUGGAGAAAGCAUAAAAUAUAUUAAUUGAACGACUUACAGAAUUAUCUCUAUAGGAUCAAACAGUCAGACUUUUUAGUAUGCUGUUAAAAUAUGUUGUAUCAUUGACUUAUCUGUUUUGGAGCAGCCUCUGGUUAUGAUGUUUGGUCCUUGGGACCCUUGAAACAAUUUUCAUAAAGUAAAAGCAAAGAAUUCAAAUGUUU